AAAACGACGGCUAACCAAAAGGGAAAAUCAGUAGCACCCGGUGAGAUUAGUCGGGCGCACAGAGUUAUCAGGGCCCGAUCGAUGCCUGAGAGGGAGACUGUGCCCCCGACAGCCAGCUCUGCUACACCGCCAGAAAUUAUGGCGGCCCCAGGUGAAAAUCAGAGGGCGGAUUCACCUGUUUUCGGAGCCCCAGCACCCGAGCCUCUAGCUCCACAGCCAAGAGCUGAGGAAAGGGCUAUGCAGGAUGCGGUCCAGCUGUUGACUAGUUUAGUGGCAGGCCAGGAACACAGACGCGGUUUGGGCGGAGAUCAGGUACAGAGGCCUGAUAGUUCGAGGGCUCGUGAGUUUCUGACUUGUAACCCUCCAGAGUUCUUCGGGACAAAGCCCGAAGAGGACCCCCAGGAGUUCAUUAGGGAGAUGCAGCGCACUUUGCGUCUGAUUAAAGCUUCCACGACAGAGUCAGUUGAGUUGGCUUCGUAUAGACUGCUUGAGGUAGCUGCUAACUGGUAUGAGUCCUGGGAGUUGUCCAGGGGUAGACUAGCUUCUCCAGCUAUAUGGGAUGAGUUUACGGAGGCGUUUAUUAGUCAUUUCCUUCCUCCUGAGAUGCGGAGAGCCAGAGUGGACAGAUUUUUACAAUUGAAGCAGCGAGGACGCAGUAUUCGUGAGUAUAGUCUGGAGUUUGACUCAUUGGCCCAACACGCACAUGUAUUGGUAGCUGACAUGACUGACAGGAUGCACAGAUAUGUGAUGGGCCUAGAUCGGUACUUGGUGGAUAGUUGUUUGGUGAUGGCUGCUCAGCCAGGAAUGGACAUCGCCCGUAUUCAGGCAUAUGCUCAGGGCAUGGAGGAAAGACAUAAAGGACACCAGUCACGGCAACCCAAGAAGGCCAGAUCAACCGGGUAUUCUGGAGAGCUCCGGGGCAGACCAUACCAGCAACAGAGUAGUGGACAGUCCACCCAACCAACAUGGAGUAUGCCUCCACAGUCUGUAGACCGGAGGUCAGGUGGCACAGGAUAUUCUGCAGUAGGUUCGAGUUUCAAGGUUUCCAGUUCGCAGCUAGACAGAGGAUCUGGUCAGACGAGGCCACCCAGGCCUCAGUGUUCUUAUUGUGGCAAAUACCAUCUAGGGGAGUGCUAUCGUGCUACAGGGGCUUGUUUUUCUUGUGGAAGUCAAAGCCAUAUGAUGAGAGAUUGUCCGUAUAAAGGUGGGUUAGCCGACACAGAACGGCCUACCGGAUCAGUUGCUGGGUCAUCAUCCUCUUCGGUAGCUAUGCGCCCCACGGGGCAGGGUAUAUCUACACCAGCAGGCCGCGGUAGAGGCCGUGGCGGAGUCUCUAGUUCUAGCGGUCCUUCGAAUCGCCUUUAUUCUUUGGCCACCCGGCAGGAUCAGGAGGCGUCUCCAGACGGGAUCACAGAUUUUGGAGGAAACGGGAAUUGAAUUUGGACAACCGUAAAACGUCAAAAAGUUUCUCACUACUCCACUCGUGGAUGCCUCAAUGCUUCUUUCACUGAGCCUGGGCCAGGAUAUGUUUUCGUGCGUAUUUCUCUGCAUUGUUCGCCGUGUCCCGACGUGAGGGGGCAGGUAUGACAUGUACAUGGGGUGGUAAAUGUUAUGCCACGGAGUUAUGCUGUGCCAUGUACAUAUAUGUUUGUUAUAUGAUAUGAUUUGAUAUGGCCAUCUGAUAUGAUAUGAUUUGUUACGGAGAUAUUCCCUACUCUGGUGUUAUGAUGUGCUGUGGCGCCAAUGACAGGAGGGCAACCACGUUUUGUUCACCGAGUCCCAUAAAAUGGGGCCGGAUACGGCAUAUGUAUUUGCAUAUAUGAUUUGGGAUUAUGAAAAGUAUUUUGAAAUUCUGAACAUUUAUUUUAUUUUCUGCACAUACUAUUCAGAUUAUGAUUUUAUUUAUUACAAUUCAUACUUUACAUAUU